AUGUCAGAGCCAGACAACAAAACUGGCUCUGGAUCCAACAUUCAUCGAAUUGAAGAGCGAUGGGAGAAUCUGAAUGAGAUGUUCCCAAACACCGAUCCUGAGCCUGCAGAGACUGUCGGCUCUGCCGAUGACCUGGAGGCGGAAAUUCGUCAAGCUCAAGCUCAAUUAUCGAGACUGAAGAAGCAGCGCGAGCUCAUUGACAUCAAACAAAAGGUUGCAGAGGAAGAGAGGGAAUUGGAAUUGGCUCGCACUCGCCUUCUGGCCGUGACCUCCCUGGAAGUUCCCCCGGCCACCCCGGCUUCCACCCCAUCUAGAGGCGAGGCGAAGCAGAACAGCAAGGCUGGUAAUGGUGGAGACCAGAAGAACAUUCAUCCUGCCCGAUCUGAGCAAAUUACCAUUCCAGCUCCUCCAACUCAAGCGCCAGAUCGUCGUCCUUCCGACGCUAAGCCAUCCGAACCGAAGUCCUCUGCUAAAGCCGCAAGCAGCCUCGUGUCCCAUUUGAACCUCGAGCAAUUGCGAGCCCUCGCAGCAGCUACCAGGUCCCCCGCCGCACCCACAGUCAUCAAGACUGAAUCCCGUUCCAGUCUGCAGCCUUCCGCCCGAUCUUUUCAUCCCGAAUCUUCCGUCCAAGCCCCACCGGUGCCCAAUGUACCGGUAUACAACGGACGUGCUCUGGGGGAGUUCAAGAACUUUUCUAUGGGUCUAGAACGACACUUUGAUAAAUAUCCAGAGUGGUACAAGGUCGAGGAGCGCAAGGUCACGCGGGCGCUUAAGCACGUUGCCCUUAAUAUCGAGGAUGAGUGGAAGCGACACAUACGUCAUCUACCCGCUGAAAAGAUCACCUACGGCAGUUUCUGUACAUUCCUUAUUCACCAGCUUCAAAACGGAGUCUACCCUGAUGUCGCCAGAUCCCGUUAUAUGGAUAGCUAUCAGCGACCGGCCCAAUCCGUGACUGAUUUCUCCAACUGGAUGCAGCAGUGGGUGCCACACUUCCCAAAUAACGACUCGGAGCGCGACCGAAUGCGCCAUCUCUUUGAACAUCUGAUGAACAGGGUUCGCAGUGAGGCUGACAAGACCCAUCUGGACUUUGAUAACUAUUACGACUUUGUUGAAUAUCUCCAGCGGGUCGAGGAUUCCAUCGGCAGCCGCGCUGAGUCGCUUGGCCGCCGGGUUAUCAACCCUCGAAAACGACCUCGCAGCCACGACUAA